AUGGGCAACUCCAACAUUCAGAUGAACCAGCUCAGCAUGACCCACCCCACCACCACGACCAACCCCUUCAAUGGCUAUCAGCAGCAGGAGAUCUUCUACCAGCAGCCCUCUUGGGGAUAUCCGGUGGUCACGCAGACUACGAACUCGAGAUUCAUGCCCAUUAAUGGCAAUGCGACUCAGCCGAUGUACUAUAGCCACCAAUUCGCUUUCGCUGCCGGCGAGAAUGAUUCAGGAAACGGAACCAAUGUAUUCGGAGACGAUCUCUGA